UUAAUUUAGAGCAAAUUACACCUGCUUCUCUUGCCUUGACUUAUUACACUGCAUCAUUUCCGUUAAAUUGCAUUACUUUUGUUUCCAUGGGCCAACUCCGUCAAGUAACAGUAUUAAUUUUAAGUGAAAUGUCAAAAGGGGCCAUUCUCACUUAAUCUCUUCCCACCCUUCAAACCUCUCACGUCCCAAUCCCUAAUCCCGCACUCUUCCACCACCAGACACACCUGACUCGCUGUCGGGCCACCCGGAUCUGCUGCAGAGCGACACUAAGUGGAGCUUCGUCGACCUCACCCAACCUCCUUCCUCGCGUGCUCGACGACCGCCCUAUCCUGGCUACGCUCGCCACCGUCAUUAUGGCGUUGCUCGUCCUCACCUGUGUUAGAACGUGACAAUGCAUGUGGUUUUUCAGAUCUAAAGGAGAAAAGGGGAUAUCGGAUGGAUUACGGUAGAGAAAAGCCAAAAGGGAAACAUAUCUAAAGGACAAAGGGGAAACCGGAAAAUUUGCAGAUCUUGCCUCACCAACGUCGCCCUCCACUCCUUCAAUAGUGGCCGUGAUGUUUUAGGAAUGGUGGGGGAGAAACAAAAAAAAGCAUCUUGGUCACUGUUCAGUCCUCCUCAAGUAAACACUGUAAACAAAGAAACACAAAGAUUUCUAGUUUAUAAUUUAUAAAUAAACCCUCAAGCCACUAGGAAGCGCGAGUUGUGAGUGAUAAUCGAGCAAAAGAAAAUUAAGCAAUGGGAUUGAAGGCCAUGCCAAUGCAACUUACCAUGCUGUUGCUGAUUGCUCUAGCAGAAGCAGCUGACCAAGCCCUGCCUGGCUGCUCGAACUCUUGCGGAAGCGUUUCACAAAUUCCGUAUCCAUUUGGCAUGGGCAACUCUUCCGUCACCGGUGAGAAUUGUUUCUUGGAGGACCCAUUGGAACUCACUUGCAGAGAUUCCACUUUAUAUCACGGAAACGGUAACGUCCAAAUUCUGAACAUAACCCUCGACGGUAAAAUGGACAUGCUUUUCUUCGUCUCGAAGGUUUGCAAAAAAAAAUCUGCUGGCGGAGUAGAAACAGAAGGUAAUGAAGCUACUCUCACAACUCCGGCUUUCGCCAUUUCUAGCGAGGACAACAAGUUCGUCAGCGUAGGGUGCGACACUUACGGCUACCUCAACAGCUAUCGCGACGGCACCAAAUCUUCAAUGGGGUGCUUGACAAGAUGUGACAGCAGAGAGAGCGUGCGAAACAUGCAGAGAGAUGGAAAAUGUACCGGAAUUGGAUGUUGCCAGAUCGAUAUACCACCUGGAAUGAAGAACAUUAGUUUACAAACAUUCACCUAUAACAAUUUCAAUUCCUCUUCCGACUUCAACAAAUGCAGCUAUUCCUUUGUGGUGAAAAAUGGCAACUAUACUUUCUCGAUGGAUCAUUUAAAAGGACUCCCGUUCAAUAAAGCACCCUUUGUCGUAGAUUGGACUGUUGGAAACCAGACAUGUGGCAUUUCCAAGGGUAAACUCGACUAUGCGUGCAGAAAUAAUAGCGAUUGUGUGGACUCGGGAUAUGGUUACCGAUGCAAAUGUAAAGAAGGCUUUGAAGGAAACCCAUACCAUCCCGAUGGUUGCAAAGACGUUGACGAAUGUAAGAUAGGCAAUCAUGCAUGCAUAAGUGAAAAAAAUUGUCUGAACACCAAUGGAUCCUACAUAUGUUUCUGUCCGAAGGGGCAAUCCGGAAAUGGAACAAAGGGAGAAGGGUGCCACCAACAAGAUGUUGUUACCAAGGUAGUCAUAGGAGUAGCAGCAGGAAUUGUUAUUCUAUUUGUGGGGACUACUUCAUUGUACUUGACAUACCAGAAAAGGAAACUCAUCAAACUUAGAGAGAAAUACUUUCAGCAGAAUGGUGGUUCCAUUUUACUACAGAAACUCUCUACAAGAGAAAACUCCCAAAUUCAAAUUUUCACAAAACAAGAACUAAAGAAGGCCACCAACAACUUUGACGAGAGCUUAAUCAUUGGCAAAGGAGGUUUUGGUACAGUUUUCAAAGGACAUCUAGCAGAUAACAGAAUUGUUGCUAUCAAGAAGUCCAAAAUAGUUGAUAAGAGCCAAAAUGAACAAUUUGUUAACGAGGUGAUUGUUCUAUCACAAAUCAAUCAUAGAAAUGUGGUCAAACUACUGGGAUGUUGUUUAGAGACAGAAGUUCCUUUACUGGUUUAUGAAUUUGUUAACAAUGGUACCCUUUUUGAUUUUAUACACACCGAAAGAAAGGUAAAUGAUGCAACUUGGAAAACCCGUGUAAGGAUAGCAGCAGAGGCAGCUGGAGCUCUAGCAUAUCUGCAUUCAGAAGCCUCAAUACCCAUUAUCCACCGAGAUGUGAAGACUGCUAACGUACUGUUGGAUGACACUUACACUGCCAAAGUAUCUGAUUUUGGAGCUUCAAAAUUGGUUCCACUUGAUCAAACUGAAUUAGCCACAAUAGUGCAAGGAACGAUUGGUUACUUGGACCCAGAGUACAUGCAAACCAGCCAACUAACGGAGAAAAGUGAUGUCUAUAGCUUUGGGGCAGUGCUUGUAGAGCUGUUAACAGGGGAGAAACCUUAUUCUUUUGGCAGGCCUGAAGAGAAAAGAAGUCUUGCUAACCACUUUCUAUCUUGCUUGAAAGAGGAUUGCCUGUUUGAUGUUCUUCAAGAUGGCAUUUUGAAUGAAGAAAAUGAAAAGGAGAUUAAGAAGGUUGCUUUUCUUGCUGCAAAGUGCUUGAGAGUUAAAGGGGAGGAAAGACCUAGCAUGAAGGAAGUGGCAAUGGAGUUGGAGAUGCAUCAGUGGAUUAAUACAGACGCAAAUCUAAAGGAGUCUGAUUACUUGGUUCACAAGGUAUCAUCUAUCGUUUCCGAGCCUGGUGAUAGCAGCAGCCAUCAAGAGUAUGACAGCAUUAGGGAUCAAGUACUACCUUCUUUGGGUGAUGGAAGAUGAUGCCUUGGCAUCAUACACUCCAUUUUAUAUCAAAGUUCUGUUACAACCUUUUGAAUCUUUAUGAAAAAUCCAUUUAAUUGUUUUCAUGAGUGUGUAUUUGUGUGUACGUAUGUAUUCUAGUAUGCUAUAUAUGCACUUAGUAUGUAUGUAUGUAUUCUACUUUGUGCGUAUGUAUGUAUGUCUGGAUUGACUAAUUGUUUAAGCUUCUAAUCAACGGUUUUUGCUAAUUCAUGGCAUAAUUAACU